AUGCAAUAUGAUAGUUUCGAGACAACUUGUGUUGUCAAGAUGAAAGAGUACUGGCCAAAUCCAACAACGAAGGAUUUGACUGAGAAUAAAAAAAUUUGGGAAAGACAGUGGAAAGAGCAUGACGUUAAUGUGACAAAGAUGCUUAUGGAUGCUGGAAUUUCAAUUGGGAUGGAUUUUGAUCCUAUCGUGAUCAUUCAAGUGAUAGGGAAGAAGACGAAAAGCUUCGCAAAUAUCAAGUGUUAUAAGGAAAUGUCGCGGGGAGCCCGAAUCUGCUUCGGAAAAUAUGGAAUGUUUCGGGACUGUAACAUGAGGAUUGAGGAUAUGUUUUUGGGCUGUAAAAGGACACAAAAUGUAUAUCACAAAAUUUCUCUUCCUGAGAUGCCACCUACAAUAAAGGCAGAGAAAUGUGAUGGUUGA